AUGCCAACGCUCUCGAUUGAUGAUGAAGCUCUCCGUGUUGGUAUCAACUAUCAUAUGUGUCGCCUCAAAAACAAGCCCUUUGAUCCAAAUCCAGAAGCCAUUGCCGCUGGUAUGAUUGUCGAACCGCGCGAGCUCUUUUUCGAUGUGAGUACAGUUGAAAAAGCUGCUGUGUCGAAGAAGUUGGUUCAAUACAUUCGCGCAAAGCAUCAACCAAAUAAUAUGAUCAUCUAUAUGUUCUUUAGAUGGCGUCACAAGUUGCUUUUCCCAACGCUUUCAUCAUUACCGGUUUUGAUGGUCUACUAUGUACAAGGCAGCUCGACGACGAUUGUUGUGCCGAAGAUUGCUCGUUCCAUUGUUUCAUUUCUUGGAUUUGAGAUAACAACUUCCCUUGACAUCAAUUUGCUCUACUACGUUUUCAUGGGAAUGGUGAUUGUCUUCUGCACAAAUUCGAUCAAUAUUUACGCGGGAAUCAACGGAUUGGAGGUCGGUCAAAGUCUCGUCAUUGCUUCAUCGAUCACUUUAUACAAUGUCAUACAGCUAUAUCGCCUCCAAGAUCCGAUCGAAUGUUGGUACAAUUGGUUGUCAAUUUACUUUUUGUUACCAUUCAUCACAACAUCGUUGAUCCUCUAUAACUUCAAUAAGUAUCCGGCUCGCGUUUUCGUUGGUGACACGUACUGUUAUUGGGCGGGCAUGACGUUGGCUGUAGUGGCAAUUCUCGGACAUUUCUCAAAAACGGCGAUGCUUUUCUUUAUUCCACAGGCAUUCAAUUUUAUCUAUUUGACUCCUCAACUUUUCCAUCUUGUACCUUGCCCGAGACAUCGAUUACCCAAAUUCGAUUCUAAGACAGACACAGUCGGGAUGAGUUUUGCCGAAUUUAAGAAAUCCGAACUAAACCGAUUCGGGCGAUGGGUAGUGACGAUUUUGUCGACGAUUGGCCUUCUAUUCAAGGAAGAUUUCAACAACGAUGGAGAAAAG